AUGGGCAACCAAAAGCGCUCUAAAGACAAGGGCUUCGCCUUUGUCAUCACCGACACGUCCGGAAGAACAAACUCUGAGGAUCGGAAGCUGAUCCGCAGCCAUGUCAUGCGAGGCAAGAAUAGGCGAGCUACCUGUGCGAACCCCGUGAAUCCAAAGCGUUCCUCUUCAUGGGUAACUCAUGACACCACCGAACCUGUUCAAGAAACCAACCAACUGUACCACGUUCCAAACGAUUUGUACAUGUUUCAAUUUGCCGAAGACGUCGAUGCCGGCUCCCGGGCCAUGCUCUUUGAAUUUUACGGGGUUAUCAAGGAGACGAUGUACCCGAUUGAAUGGUGUCUCAGCCUCGACUCGAGCAAAAACCCAUGGUUCUACUGGUUGAUGUCCGAUGCCGCCUUUUUGCAUUCGAUUUUGUUCACCGUUGGCCUCCUACACGACUCCAUCGUGGGCAAGACGAGCAAGAGAACCAGCUUCCACGUGUGGAAGACGUUAAGCCUCCUGAACCAGAAUAUCUCUGAUAAAGAUUUGGCCCUGGCUGAUUCCACCAUCGCGACCGUUGUCUCUAUGUGCAUGGUGUCAGAGGUCUUUGGAGACCGCGAUAGUGCCGCUGCACACGUCAAAGGCAUGCGUCGGAUUGUUGAGCUACGAGGUGGCAUCGAGACCUUUCGGCAUAACCUGCAGCUAAAGAUCAAGAUAUGUCGUGUGGACAUCGGCUGGUAUCUAUGUACUGGAGAGAAACCACACUACUACAGAGACACAAUCUCCUGGGAGACAGCGUUCGCUUCGAUACUCGGCGAUUCACCCGCCGGAUUCGAACGCGACCGAGAGCCGUGUCAGAUUCGCCGUCUCUUGAACUCGACUGAUCGCCGGGUGGGAAACAUCUUCCAAGACCUUCACGACUUUUCCCAGUUGGCGAACUUCCUUGUACAAACCGGUCACAAGAUCGACCCCAACAUGUUCCAGGAUUUGAUGACCUCCAUUCAGUAUCGAUUGCUUUAUCUGGAGCCGACCACGCAGGAUAAAGUGACCGAAAUGCUCCGUCUUGGAAUGACCAGCUACAUCACGACUCUUUUCCUCAAGGUACAGGGGACCAAGAUCCCACUGAGCUUCUUGACUGGCCAGCUUCGAUCUGCUUGCCAGAACAUUGAGGUAUCAGAAUUCCCGAGCACUACUGCUCGACACAUCUUUGCCUGGACCUUGGUUGUUGGCGCCAUAUCCGUUCUGGAAGAGUACGACGAUGUAUGGCUGUUACCAAAACUUGCGUCCCUAAGAGAAUCCCUCGGACCAACGUGGCCGGAGGCAAAAGCAAAGCUGGAACAAGUCAUGUGGAUGGAAUUCAUCCAUAGCCCAGGCGGUGUCAAGGUCUUCGAGAAGCUGGUAUUGCAUGUUGCCAAAGUACCUCCUACUAGCUCUUUGCAAAGAAAAGGGCCAAACAAGCCAGCCUUAUCACCACCUAUGGAAAGGCUUUCCUCGGUCAAGGAUGUCAUAUUUGAGCCACAUGCAACGGAAGCGGCUGUUUACUGA